AUGAAGUUCGCUCUUCUAUCCACUCUCGCUCUCACAGUCACGGCGGCGGUCUUGAGCCGGCGCGAGGUAAAUCCUAAGGCAGGUCCUGCUAUCGCGGCUGCCAACCGCACCUCUGUCCAGAUCGCGCUCUCCAAGACACUUGGAGCUUUGGUGAUUGGCUCUUCUCGCAACCAGGCCGACUUGUCAUAUCUCUGCAAGACCGACUCCCUCUAUGCGGACUGGACUAAAUUUACUUCCGUGCCUGCCAACGACGCCCUCCGCGCCGAACUCUGUAAUGCUGCGGCUGGACCGAUCCCGGGCAUUCCCGGGCUCAUCAAUACUAUUCAACAGUCUGCCUCGGACAUCUUCACCAACCAGAUUCUAAGCUCUUUCGCACAGAAGCACGGAAUUCCGCUCUUCGUCAUUUACGAAUAUUUAUGCAAAAAUUUAGAUUAUGACAAGCUUAAUGCCUUUGGUGUUGUCACUACCAAGGCUGAUCCCAUCGCUAGUGUGUGCAAGCUUGCCAACACGGCGCAAGCAUACGAUCCAAAUACUCCUGUCCUUGUCGCCAAUCAGACCUUGGUCACCGGCUACCAAGAGACGACCAUGACUCUUACUGCCCGCACAAUCUUCCUCGCCGCUGCCACCCAGGACAAUCGCGAGUACAUCUGCGAUCACUACGACUCGUAUAAGCCUUUCAUCGCUGGCAUAGGCUGGAACACCGAUGCUUUUUACCACGAGUUGUGUAACUCGUUACCACUUGACACCGAGUAUGAUGCUAUUGCGUCUGCUAUAGAGCUUUACAGUUCAGCGGACUAUGCAAAGCAGCUUCGCGGCGUGAGCAAGGUCAAGGAUAGCGAGUGGAAGAACACCUUGAGUGGGUGGUUCAAUGCGAAGCAGAUGGCGUAUGUCAGUCUCGAUAUAGCCACAGUCAAGUCUGUGUUCAGUAGUGACAUUCCAUGA